GAUCUUCCGGUUGGUGGAGUGCCACGGGAGAGGCUGCUGGAGGAGCUCAAGGAAGAGGGGGAGUGGGGGGCCAUGGCCUAUGGGGAGACUGGUGAAUCUACGAUCUCUUCAAUCCCAUUUCAGGUUUUGAGCUUGAAACCUCGUGCAUUAUAUUUUCCAGAAUUUGCGACAGCAGAACAGUGUCAGGCUAUAAUACGGAUUACAAAGUCAAAGCUUAGGCCAUCAACAUUGGCUCUACGGAAAGGAGAAACUGCAGAGAGCACUAAAGGAAUAAGGACAAGUUCUGGCACUUUCAUCAGUGCAUUGGAAGAUCCAACUGGAGUAUUGGCGCAUAUCGAACAAAAAAUUGCUAGGGCUACAAUGAUCCCAAGAGACCAUGGAGAGUCGUUCAAUGUCCUGCGCUAUGAGAUUGGGCAGAGGUAUGCUGCACACUAUGAUGCAUUCAACCCAGCUGAAUAUGGUCCGCAGAAGAGCCAGAGGCUUUCGCUUCUCAGUGGAAAACAUGAAGAACGGCCAAAGUGGGCAACAAAAUACAGCAGUGGGCCUCCACUCACUGCUGCCGCCUCAAUGAACUGGGAAGCUGGUGGAGAAAGGGCCCAGUGACUGCAUACCAACCCACAUUGGCCAGGCAACUCAGGAUAUGGAGCAAGGGUGACAUAUCCCAGCUUCGUGAAGCCCAUAUAAUACCCUAUAGUUGUCAUUUAGUCAAACCAUAAGUCUGAUUUAGAAAUUAGAUUAAAGAGACUAUGAUAUUUAACCACUGUGGUGUGUAUUUAUUGUUAGAAAUUGUUUGUACCUUAUAUGCAGUUCUUUUUAGUUUUUGGCCUACAACUUCACACUGUUAGGUCUGCAACAAAUUCCACCCACAACACACUAUUGAGAUUCAUACCAUUUGUUUACUGACUAAUAUUAUUGUGGUCAGGUUUUAUAAUGUUGUAGCCUCAAUCUUGGAAUGAUCAGCAAUAUGAUAAAAGAAGAAAAUGCUUGCUGCUCAUGAUAUUCAUCUAUACAACAUAUCUGCUAGCUAUUGAGGAAACUUACCUCGAUGCAUUGAAAGAUUCAAGUCAUUUAUCAUGAUGCAUGUCCAUUCACCUUGUUGGCCCCACUACAAAUGUAACAAGCAUGCUCAUUAUCGACUUGCUUGAAAUGUUGCUAAAAGCUUCGUUUGGUGUCUUCUUGAAUGCAUUUGUGCUAGCAUUGUUGUAUACGAACCCUCAUGAUUUUUUCAAAAAAAUGCAAAACCUCAUCAAAAUAUUCUUCAGUAAGGUUCAUUAAUUGUAGAUUUGUAGCGUCAUCUCAGUGAUGUCCUUGAAGAUUUCUUCAUGUAGUUAACCGAGUU